AUGUUGGAAAGAGACCUUAUACAAACUUUUGAUUACUCUGAAUUUAGUAACAUCAUUGAAAUUGCUAGAGGUAGUAAUGAUAUUGUUUAUUCCGCUGAAUACCGUGAAGCAAAGAUUGCAUUUAAACAAUUUAAUGAUAUCAAUAUCAAAGAAAUUGUUAAUGAGAUAAAACAACAUAUGACAGUUAACAAUAGUUCCGGGCAAAAUAAUUACAUGAUAGUAUUAGAAUAUGCAAACGAAAUUAUCCUAAUUGCGGAGCAAAUUAUUUUCGGGCUGAAAGCUUUACAUCAUAAGAAUAUUGUUCAUGGAGACUUGCAUCCUAAAAACAUUUUGAUAGUACGUGAUGAUAAAAAUAAAUAUAAAGUCGCAAUCGCAGAUUUUGGAUCAGCAACAAGACGCGACGACAGUUUAUGUUGGUUUGAUACCCCAAUUUGUAAGGGAUUACGGGAAAAAAUGGUUCCAGGAACGCCUUCAAGUUAUUCAAAACUUUAUAAUAGUUGCUGGAGUACUAAUCCGAAAAAACGUCCAGAACUACAAUAA